AUGCACGACUCGUACUGCGAGCAACUUCUCCCCUUUGCAUCCGACCCCGCGCUGCUCGAGCAGUACACCAACGCCUCCGGCGGCAUCCAGACCGGCAAGCUCAUGGAGCACCUCGACUCCCUCGCGGGGAGUAUCGCGUACAAACAUAUGCUGGGGCCGGGUGUGGAGACUGUGGGCAGUGUGCAGGAACAGGGGUUCUAUAUUGUCACUGCGAGCGUGGACCGGUUGGACAUGCUCGCACCGCUAUCCCCUGUGAGAGAUAUUCGCCUCAGCGGGCAGAUCAUCUACACCGGCAAAAGCUCGAUGGAGGUCGCUGUGCAGAUGGAGGCACUAGACAAGGACGGGCACGAGGAGACAGUGCUCCUAGGCCGAUUCUCGAUGGUGUGCAGGGACGCGUACACACACAAAGCGCACCCCGUGCAUCCGCUCGUGGUCAACACCCCCGAGGAGCGCGCGUUGUUUGCCAUGGGCGAAGCGCACAAGAACCGCCGCCAGUCGAUGGCGUCACGCUCUCUCGACCGUGUGCCACCGAGUUCCGCUGAAGCACAGGUCCUCCACCAGUUCUACCUCAAGUACGGCAAGGAUGACAAUGGGAAUCUGGGGGAGAGCGAGCGCGUGUGGAUGGGCGAUACGAGGCUGGAGAAGUGCAUGCUCAUGUUCCCGCAAGAGCGCAAUGUGCACCAGAAAGUAUUCGGAGGAUACCUCAUGCGCCUUGCAUACGAGCUGGCGUUCACAAACGCGCGCCUCUUCACGCGUGAACAUGUCCGCUUCCUCUCGCUCGACGGUAUCUCCUUCGCGCGUCCCGUCCCCAUCGGCUCCGUCCUCCGGCUCACCUCGCACAUCGUGCACUCCACUAGCUCACAGCAGUUCCCCACCUUAGUCCACGCGCUCGUCCAAGCGAACGUCGUGGACGUCAAAACUGGCUCCGAGCAGACCACAAACGACUUCCGCUUCACGUGGUGCCGCGAGGAGGGCGCGCCGCUCAAGCGGCAGGUCGUCCCCAAGACGUACCAAGAGGCUAUGUAUUGGCUCGACGCAAAACGUGCUUUGGAGAUGGGAGCAGAGAUCAGAGGGCUGCGCAGACUCUGAGUGAUUCUACGUCUGAUGUGCCAUUUCAUGAAUAGUAUUGAUCGGUAUAAUGUUUGCAUGUAUAGACGUAUCUUAUGUUCCUUGUUAGUGGCUUCAUUGACGUCACUCAUCUAAUAGAGAUGGUGAUAGCGGGGACAGCGGAC